AUGCUCGCUAGGUCCUCCGGCAUUGCAGUUGCUAACCUUGCCCGCACCUCUAUGGUGGCCACGGCCCGCCGCAGCACUCCCGCUGUUGCUACCGCCGUCCGUAACUACGCGACCGCCAAGGCUGCCGCCUCGGAGGUGAGCUCGAUCCUCGAGCAGCGCAUCUCUGGCGUCUCUUCCGACUUUGAUGUUGAGGAGACCGGCCGUGUGCUUACCAUCGGUGACGGUAUUGCCCACGUCUACGGUCUGCGCAACGUCAUGGCCGAGGAGAUGGUUGAGUUCUCCUCGGGUGUCCGCGGUAUGGCCCUCAACCUGGAGGCCGACAACGUCGGUGUUACCGUCUUCGGUUCGGACGCCUUCAUCAAGGAGGGUGACGUCGUGAAGCGUACCGGCCAGAUUGUCGACGUUCCCGUCGGCCCUGCUCUGCUCGGCCGUGUCGUCGACGCUCUUGGUACCCCCAUUGACGGCAAGGGCCCCAUUGACGCUGCCGAGCAGCGCCGUGUCCAGGUCAAGGCCCCCGGCAUUCUCCCCCGUCACUCGGUCAACCAGCCCAUGCAGACUGGUUACAAGCCCGUCGACGCCAUGGUGCCCAUUGGCCGUGGUCAGCGUGAGCUGAUCAUUGGUGACCGUCAGACCGGUAAGACCGCUCUGGCUCUGGACACCAUCCUGAACCAGAAGCGCUGGAACGAUGGCCAGGACGAGUCCAAGAAGCUCUACUGUGUCUACGUCGCCGUCGGUCAGAAGCGCUCGACCGUCGCCCAGCUGGUGCAGGCCCUUGAGCAGCACGACGCUCUCAAGUACACUGUCAUUGUCGCUGCCACUGCCUCGGACGCUGCUCCCCUGCAGUACCUUGCUCCCUUCACUGGUUGCUCGAUCGGUGAGUGGUUCCGUGACAACGGCAAGCACGGUCUCGUUGUGUUCGACGACCUGUCGAAGCACGCCGUUGCCUACCGUCAGAUGUCGCUGCUGCUCCGCCGUCCCCCCGGUCGUGAGGCGUACCCCGGUGACGUUUUCUACCUCCACUCUCGUCUGCUCGAGCGUGCCGCCAAGAUGAGCGAGAAGUUCGGCUCUGGUUCGCUGACUGCCCUGCCCAUCAUUGAGACCCAGGGUGGUGACGUGUCGGCCUUCAUUCCGACCAACGUCAUUUCGAUUACCGAUGGUCAGAUUUUCCUGGAGUCGGAGCUGUUCUUCAAGGGUAUCCGUCCCGCCGUCAACGUCGGUCUCUCGGUGUCCCGUGUCGGUUCGGCCGCCCAGACCAAGAUCUACAAGUCGGUCGCCGGUUCGCUCAAGCUCUACCUUGCCCAGUACCGUGAGCUGGCUGCCUUUGCCCAGUUCGGUUCGGACCUUGACGCCUCGACCCGCUACACCCUCAACCGUGGUGCCCGCCUGACCGAGCUCCUGAAGCAGGGUCAGUACCAGCCCAUGGCCACCGAGAUCCAGGUCCCCAUCCUGUACGCCGGUGUCAACGGUCUCCUGGACGACAUCCCGGUCAACAAGAUCGUUGACUGGGAGGCCGCCUACCGCGACGAGCUCCAGAACCAGCAGGAGCUCCUCGCCGAGAUCGGCAAGGGUGUCAUGACCAAGGAGAUUGAGGAGAACAUCAAGAACUCGAUCAAGGCCAGCGUCUCGUCCUUCCAGGGCAACUAA